AUGGAUCUGAGUUCAUCUUCGAGCAAAUCCAAGCUCGUCAGCACCUUUCGGCGUCGUGCCGGCUCCCUGUCGCGGGGCUCGCUGGCGAAGAACAAGAACAAGGAAAAGGACAAGUCGCACUCCCUCACCUCCGCCCUCCGCAUUUCUGGUCCCACCAACUACCGCAACAACUCGGUCACAGGCCUGUUCGGUGUGCCGUUGGCGGCGGCGCUCAAGGAGCACGUGGAGGCGGGCUUCAAAGUGCCGCCCUUCAUCGAGCAGGUGUGUCUCCACAUCGAACAGACCAUGCUCCACACCCAGGGCAUGUUCCGCCUGGCGGCCAACGCCGAAGCCCUCGAGAAAUGCCGCAACGCGCUCAACGAUGGCAAAACGCUGGACUUGUGGCACAUGGACGAUCUGGUGAUAUGUGACCUGCUCAAGCUGUACCUGCGCCAGCUGCCCGAACCUCUGCUCACCUUCGAACUCUACGAUUGCUUCCUGGCCAAGGCCAAGGCCGCCCUCCGUAUGGGGCAGCCGGUGGAUCUGCACGGGCUGGUGGACCUGCUGCCCACGCCCAACCAGCGACUGCUCAAGCGAAUCGUGUACACCCUGCGCAAGGUGAGCCAGCACUCGGCCCAGAACAAGAUGAACGAGGACAACCUGGGCAUGAUCUUCGGACCCAAUCUUCUGCGCGCCCUCGCCGGUCCUGACGAGCAGCUUCUGGAGGACUUUGCACACAUCAACGGCAUCACGCUGGCGCUCAUCAAAAACUACGACAGCCUUUUCGCCAAGGUUGACUACGAGCCCCACUACAAGUGCUACGUCCGAGCGCUCUUUGACUAUGAGCCGCCGCCCCACACGCAAGGCGAGGGCGAUGUGUUGAUGGUGGUGGAGAUCCACGGCAGCGGCUGGUGGCUCGGCGAGCUUUCCUACGGCGGCGGCGGUCGAUCGCCACCAGAGAGCGCACCGCCCGACUACCAGGGCGAGAAGAUCAUCCGGCAGGUGGGCUACUUCCCCGCUACCUACUGCGCCUACCUCAGCGGCCGCGAGUGCCAGACCCACGACAACGAGCAAGCCUGGGAGGAGGGCCACUACCCCACCGCCUGA